GUGGCCGGUGUCGACUCGGUGGAACUGGUUUCCCCACAUCUCCGGGUGUGUCUGACUGGAGAACAUGUCAUUGCUUGGGCCUGAAUCCCUGUGAACUACUUCGGCUUUAGGAACCAGGACGACAACAGAAAGACAGUUUACCCUUUAUAAGUUGAUUACAGAGCCAUGAAAGCUGUGCUGGGCAGGGUGUGGGGCUGGGUUCACUACUGGGGCAACUAUGGCCCAGACACCACGACUCUGACAGCUGAGACCCCAAAAUUGCCUGAGAAGGGUAACGGGGGUUUCAGAGGAUGGACCUCCUGGAUCUGGGGAGGGUGGAGAAGACCAGGCAUCCAGAGCGAUGCAGCAGAGGAGUUCUGGGAGGCCCAGGAGAAGCUGCAACCUGUGGAAAUGGAAGCACUCGGAGCAGGGAAACAGGAGGCUGAAGCCAGUUGUCAAGUAUCCAGGUGGUGGGUUAGAUAUCUCCCGAGUGUGUCCCUGUGGCCAAGAAAAACUGAGCUGGCUGAACUAAGACAAAGGAAAGGUGACAGAGGGAAGGAGCAUGACAUUGAUGGGGACUUUUCAGAUUAUGGAACACCACCUCCAUCUCCUACACCUUUCUCCUUUCACCUGACCUCUCCGUUUCGACUCUUUGCACACAGCUGGAACGUGGAGAUCGUGCCCGAGCACUACGAGAUCUGCUUCAAUUUCCUCCGACACCUUUUUGACCUGUUUGUCGUCGCCUUCCUGUGGACCGUGUCCCCUCCCACCAAGCUGAUCCUCGAGGUUCUGGGGGUCCAGGGAGCGCUGAGGCUGUGGUUUCAUGGCAUGGCCAUGUUUUUCGUGUCCACAGUUGGAAUGGCUGGAUUGCUCUGGUUGAUCCAGGAGUAUCUCCCCCAGUUUGCUUUAAUCUAUGGCAUCAUCCAGGCGGUGGUGAUCUCCGUCAGCGUUCGGCAGAGUGUGAUCCUCAGUGUGGAGGAGGGUGGAGAAGGAAAGGGCGAGGAGACCGAUGAAACAAUAGACAAACACCAUGAAGACAAGCCUCUGUUCAAAUAAGACGGUGUAUCGAAAGUCUAAAGCCGGUCUUUCCUGACGAUGGGAGGAAGGUGAGCUUCACCCGACGACCUCCAGCGGUGUGACGCCUCAACAAUCGCUGCUCACAGUCUGUGCACCGCUGUGAUGUG